AACAUUCCCGUCUCUCAAUCAACGCUAAAAUCCAUGAAUGUGCGCGCAAGCACGAGCUGACCACGUUUCCAGCUGACAUCGCUGUCGCGACGGGCCCAAGCCGAGAUCUCAUCCAUUAAUAAUAAGCCAGCCAGCCAAGGCUUCUUGACUGCGCGCUAUGCGACCUCGUCCGCAAAGCGGAGUAGGGCUGACGUUACACACCAGACACCCGGCAAUUCAGAACGUCUUUCUGGGUAGAUGUGAAGGGGGUUGAGUUUUGGACCAGCAUAACGGGACGAGUGAGUGCACAAGCUUGUGUUGGUCAUGGUUUUCUAUCACGAUGGGAAAUUUAGGCCACCUGGCCGGGAAAUUAAGUUACGGCACCAGUGUGGGACGAUCCUCUGUGCAGCGAAGGCCCGUAUUCUCCAGGCGCCAGACCUUGGCCGUCGAGCGAAUAAGAUGGAGUGCAAAGCCUUUGUCCGUUCUGGCUCGAUAAGACUCGCUUGCUGGCUUUCAGACUGGCUGAAUAAAAUGCCAGCUUCCACCCAGUGACAAAGAACCCCUUUUCUUUGACCGCUCGACGCGACCCCAAAAAUGGGAUUAUCCCUGGACGAGUAAUUUCCGAAUGACCCAUGAAAUGCAUCCCCGAGCACCUGCAAAGGCACCAAUAAACAGUGAUUUUUUUAUGUUGGAAACCAAGUGAAGCAGAGUGGCAUCUCGGAAGUACCGAGGGAAGACGCUCGAACAAUCACACACGACAAAUUCCAGCAGGAAGAAACGCUCACGUCGGGCGUCUCAAGGAAAAAGGAGAUAAUUACUCCGUACUCCGUACAGGAAUUGGUUUGGAAUGCUCAGAAUGCUUUGACCACGCGAGUGGACACGAGUCCACGACA